GCAAAACUUGUCUGCUGGCUUUGGCAGCUCUGUAGUGCCUUAGAAGCGCUCGAAGUAUUGUGGAAAUCUCGCAGAGAGGCCACAGAACACGUAGAGCUGCGCCACAGCUUCAACGAGCACGGCUAUCUCACGCCACAGUCUAGCUCUCCAAACCCACUGGCUGAGAGAUCGUCACGGCUAGCGGCGGAUGGCCGCCUACGACGCGGCCGCGGCCGAGCCCCGCACGCUGCGCUACUUCGUCUCCGACCGCGAGCCCCUCGCCGCCAAACGCAUCGGCGGCGCUCUGAACGCGCUCGAAAACGCCUCGAACGGUACGUUAGUCGUCCAGCGCGAGCGCCGCGCCGCCAACGCGGACUUCAUCUGGUUGAAUACGCCGAGCAAGGCCCACAAGGCCGCCUGCGCUUCUGUAGCAUCGUACAACCACGUCGUCGGCGCCCGGCAGGCCCUCGAGCACAAGGGCCGGUUCUCGGACCUCGCGGAGCGCUGCGGCGAAGCGGUGCUGUGGUCUCGAAGUUUUUCGAACGUGAAGGAGCUGCGGGCGUUCAUCGAGCAGGAAGAUCUGCGAGGCGCCUGGGUCGUCAAGGACGCGACCGCGAAUAGCGGUGUCGGAUUGUGGUUCGCAUCAUGCGCGGAAGAUUUACUUCAUAUGACUAUCGACGCGCGGCACGAAGUCGUGCUGCAGUCUUAUCUUCAUAAUCCGUUGUUGUGGCGAGGUAGGAAGCUCCAGUACCGGUGUUAUUGCGUGUGGCGCGGUCGAAGGUGCUACCUCUAUACAGGAGCCAUGGCCCAGGUCUGCGCCUUGCCAUAUGCACCGCCUUCCGGUGAUAUGGCUCCGGAACAACAUGUGACAAAUGUGUCCUGCAACGUCGACUCAUCAAAUUUCGUGCCGGAGCGGCCCGUCCCAGAUCUUCGACAGUCACAUCCGGAGGCCUUUGAGGCUGUCGUAACAGCUCUAAGGUCGCUCUCGCGGGCCUGCGCGCCGGCGCUGGCUCCAUCUUCCAACAGAUUUGAAUUGGUCGGCGUCGAUGUGCUGCUCGAGGAGCGAGAUAACGAGCUGAAGGCGCACCUCAUCGAGUGCAACUGCCCGCCGAACGCCUAUGGCUCUUCUGAUCAUGGACCGGUGGAGGCGUUCCACCACGGCGUCGUGACUUCCCUAUUGGCCUUUUGCGUCCUCGACGCACCGUCUGAAACAUGGGUCUGUGUAGAUGCGCAAAAACCGUGCGACACGGCGUUUAGUACGGCCCUGGGGCCGGCGCUAGCUUGGAGGCGGUUCCGGGCCGCGUCCAAGCUCUUAGAUGCGGUCUCUGAAAGGCCACCUUCUGUUUCAACGGCGAUCGCAUUACAAGCGAGACGUAGAUUUGCCUUCUUUGAUGACGAUAAUAGAUGGGCCUUUUUAGAGAACGGCGGCGGCACGCAGGUGCCUCGUUGCGUGAUCGAGGCGUCGCAGAACGCUCUGCAAGCGCGCUGGCGCGAUAUCCACGGCGCUGCCGCCAGGGAAGCGUGUCGAAGCUUUGCGUGUAGGUGGCUGCAGAAGGAUACGGUCUUCCUCGCCGCGAACGCGUCGAACGCUUUGGACCAGGUGGCGUCCCUCACGGACGGUCCUGUCAUUCUGACGGACGCGGCGCAUGAUGCUUUACUAAGGCCCUGGAUGCAGCGUUCAGUAAGAUGGUGGCGCUGCGGCCAGGACGGUUCUCUAGACCUUGAGACGUUGACACCGCUGCUCGACGCUUCCAUCAAAGUCGUCUGUGUGCCCGCGGCGUCGAACGUUUCUGGAAGGGUCUACGACGUUCCUACGAUCAUACAAUGUAUCAGGGAGGCGUGCCCCCAUUCAAUGAUCGUGGUCGACGCCGUGGCCUACGCGCCGCACCGGCGGCCCGUGUUUGCCGAUGCUGACGCGGUCGUCGUGGCAUAUCAUAAAUGUUUUGGCCCGCACCUGGCCUGUUGCGGGUUGUCGCAGCGGUUUGUGGAUGGAGUGGCUUCCAGUGGAUUGCCGGCUCCCCAGUACUACCCAUCUGGUAGGGCUUUUGAGCGCGGUACGCUGUCUCAUGAGGCUUGCGCCGGUGCUGCCGCACUCGAGAGUUAUUUCCUCGAGUACGGUUCCGUUGACGCGUUCUAUGAGCAUUGUUCAAUAGCGGAGGCGGCACCAUUUAGAAGGUUAAUCGGCUUUCUGAGAUCACAGCCGCGCGUUUCAGUUAUGGAGGCCUUCGGGGAGACCCUGCCUUUACCGACGGUCGCGUUCGUCCAUGCGACGAUAACGCCGGAGGCUAUUGUUGAACGGUGCCGCUCCCUGGACAUUGCCGUGCGCUGCGGCGAGUUCCUCUCGCCCGGCUUGGUCGCGGCGGCCGGUUUCCAAAGUGUCGUGCGCGCGUCGCUCGUGCACUACAAUACGGUUGAGGAGGUGGACCGGCUCUGUGCUUGUCUGGAGCGGAUGGGGGAGUGGUAGUAAUUUUCUGGUUUUGCUA